UCGUCUUUCUUCCAUCAUCUUUCCUCCUUGUCAAACUUUGUUGUUAUUUCUUUCGACUUUCGAGAUAAAAGGCGCUAGUUGAUACUAUUAAGACACUUUAAAACUUUUCUAUUUUGCUGCCAGAUCAAGCAGUAGGUGUAGUAUCAAGUGGCAGUUAUGGACGACAUCGCUCCGAGCGUAACACCACGAAGAUGCAGAAUGUCCGAAAUGGCUCGCUUUUCGGAAGUGUUGAGAUUGUUUAAAUCCCGUGCUGCGUUCUUAUCCCACCUACGGACAUUGUUUUUCGAGGAACGUGGAGGUAGCGGACGUUACCGUUAUCUCGCCGUUGCCGUUUUUCUCCUUAUAGCUGAUAUCGGUCUUGGCGGACUGCUCGUAUCGUUCGUGCUUGGCAAAGACCAGCAGAUCUGUCACAAUGUUUCAGUUCGCUGCUUGGCGAUUCUCAGAAAUAGCACGUUUAGCCUUAGUGGCGUGCUGGAUUGGCUGAUGGGCAAUCCGGUUGGACUAAAACUCAACAAAGAACUCGCGGCCACUCUUGGAACGUUUUUCAAACACCAUAUUUCCUUGUGGCAGAUGUAUAUUAACGCACUGACUUCGAUCUGGGAGGACUGUGGCUAUUUCGUGUGCUCUGCGGGUCUGAUGGGUGUGUCUGUUCAAAUGGCAUUGCUGACGGAUAUUAUUGCGCUGUUCACGAUUCACAUUCAUUGCUUUUACAUCUACAUGGGGCGGUUGUACAACAUGCAGCUGCGAGGGUUGCUGGCAUUGGGCCGCUUAUUUCGCGGGAAGAAAUGGAAUCCUUUGCGUGAAAGGGUGGAUCAUAUUCCACGCUCAGUUGAUCAGUUAUUUGUGGGAUCCAUGUUACUGACCAUCAUGCUCUUCCUUUUGCCGACAGUUUUAACAUUUUAUGUGGUAUUCGCAACCCUUCAUGUUGCCGUGAAAGUGCUGCAGAUUCCUGUCAUACUGGUCAGCAGAUGGUUGGAAUUUUGUUUCCGAUUUGGUUAGUAAUGUCGUCCUACUUUAUAGAAUUUGUUCAUCCAUUCGGAUACAUUUUGUUUGAAUUACUUGUUACGAGUAGCAUAUCGAACCGGCUGCACGUUCGAACGUUUUAAAUAAGCGGUUCACAUCUUAUCGUGGUAACUGUUUGGUUGAACACGGAUUUCACUGAUGUGAUUUGUUUGCUACAGUUGGCAACUUGGCAUAACGGUUUGUUGUAACUGUAUUUAAAAUUGUAAAAGUUGUAGUCUUGUAAAGUAGUUGUUUUGUAAAAGUUUGUUGUUGUUUUUAGUUGUAGUUG